AUGAAAAUUGGCCUAGCUUUAUUAGGAUCUUGGGGUAUUGGAUAUGGAACAGCUUUAUAUUUCUCAAAGCAAAGCAUAAACGAAUAUGAAGAUGCAAGAGAUGAAAUCAGAGAUGCUUCACGACUAGGAAAUAAAUCAUAUGGCCUGAAUUUCGGAUAUAAAACAGAUAGCACAAUUGAAGAUAUUUUAGAUACUGGAGAUUUAGUAUUUAUGCAGCAUGUUUGCUAUAAAAGUUUUUCCCCUCUCUUGAUUGGAAAAUGCUAUCUUUCUCAGAAAUACAAAAGCUUGUUGACUCAGUUUGGCUAUAAACAAGAAAAUUGAGACUCGGCUGGGAUAAUAGUGAGGAACCGAGAAGGUGCAAAAGUUAUUUUUAAAUAUUUUUCAGAGGUUUAUGAUAUAGACUAUGAUGAAUUUCUAAAAAUACCUUUCUUCUCGUUUGUAUCUUUGAGGAAAAUGAAAACAAAAGAUCCUGCUGUUGGAUAUAUGAAAAGAGAAGAGCUUUCUGAGGAAGUAAAAAAAGAGAAUGAAAGAUCAGGGAUUUUCGAUGUUAUUGAUAUAAAUAACUGUGCUGUUCCUUGGCUGUAUUGGAAAAAAACUGGGACUUUGAAGAACGAUUAUAAGGAUAAAAUAACUUUGCAAGACAUAAAUACAAUGGCACCAAAGUGCUUGGAUAGUGAGAAAGUAAAAUAUUCAGGAUCUAUUAUUGUUAGAUCAAAUUUUUCAAGGCAGGAAACUCAGAAAUAUUAA